AUGGACUUGUACGCGUAUUUAGUGGUGCUUAUAGUCGCUCUCGGCUUCGUCGUGGUACUCCCACUUCUGUCAGGCACCUUCUCCUACAAAGUACACACACCGCGUGGUAAAGGUCGCGGUGGUCCAGUGUCAGUUACGUCGAAAAAGCAGACUCUGCGUGAGAAACUCAGCAUCUCAAAGAACCAGGCCCCCAUUAAGAUCCAGUUGAGCCACAACGGUCACUCCUCUAGCAGAACCAGCGACGCUGGCUCUGAAACUCGUGCAACUUUACUCAAGAAACGCACAUUCGACAACGAUCCCAACACGUUCGACUACGAUCUGACAGAGCUCAUAGAGGAAGAUGAACGGAAGGAAAGGCGUGAGCAAGAAAUUCGGUUCCAGAGACUGGCCGGUCGCGAGCAAGAGGUCAGCGAGUCCAUCGUCUGA